AUGUCUUCCCCAAGCAAAACCCCCAAGCCCAGCGACAUGAUCCUCGCCAUGAACGACCCCUACAUGGAACAGAUCAUCGACGGCGUCAAGACCUACGAGUUCCGAAAGUACAACAUGGCCGGCAUCCAGCGCAUCUGGUUCUACCGCACUGCUCCGCACUCCGCCAUCACUCACAUCUGCCCCGCCAACGAAGCCGUCACGAGAAGCCCUGGUGACCAGCCCCUGCCAGAAGAUGGGCUGGGAAUCAAGGAAUACAAUGAGAAGGACGCUGAUUACGAGGGCUAUGACUUUGCGUAUCGGAUUAAUGCGGUUUAUGAGAUCAACGCUGAGGGAGGGCAAGGCAUCACUUGGUCAAUGAUGAGGGAUGAGCAUGGUAUGAAGAUUGCGCCAAGGGGAAGGGUCAGGGUUCCGGAGUCGAUGAUUGAGCAGUACCGCUUGGAGGACCAGAAGAAGGUGCUGUGA